CCCUGUCCUGUCUCGAGUAUAUACCACCCCCCAUGGUACUCACCUCGCUGUUGGAUUAUCUCACCUCCAUGGAAUCACACUAGAUGUCAUGUAAGUCUUCAGCAAUCUACUGAUGAACGCCGAUCAUCGCUUCACAGGGACUCUGAAGAUGGCAUAUAGACUCAGCGCUUACCUUAGCUUCACGACUGCGCGCAAGCUCGCCCGACACCUUGGCAUCGACAUAGACCAGAACGAGGACGACGACAUUAAUUGGGACAGCGAACUGCGGCCCUUUAAACACUGGCCCUACGCCACUGGACGAUUCAUUUCAAGGCUGCAUGUUCAUUUCCUUCUUCCAUCCCAUUUGAGAGCAUGGACUGUGGUGACCGCGGAGAGAGCAAAGGGGGAAGAAGGCUUGACUAUU